UGUUAAUAUCUAUGCUAUAUAAGAAAACAUUGUUUGGGUAUACUUAAGUUUCUCCAAAGAGAUUGAUAUCUUUAUCACAGUGAUUGUAAAAUAAAAUUUAAAUUGUUCUAAACAAAAAUCAACUUGGUCAUGAUGUGUCGUUAAAUUAUUUCGGUGUUCGACAAUGUGAAAUUUUUAGUAAUUAAUUAAUAUAAAAAAUCGUCAAUAAAUCAGAAAAUGGCAGACGAAAAUACAGAUAUGGCUAUAGUGGAACCUUCUAAUUUGCAACUGUCAAGACAACCCAGCCCUGGAUUUCACCCAGAGGUGCCUCCAACUAUCGAUACGUUGGAAACUAUAGGAGCCAUGGAAGCCGAUAUUCAACAAUUGCCAUCACCUCCACGUUCUGUUAAAAGUUAUCAGUCACCAAUUGCUAUUGAUAAACAACGUUCUUCACCAAUUGGAACUACUCCAAACAUUUCUUCGCCACCUCGGAGUCUCGGUUCCGUAGGCAAAACUUCGUUAAAUUUGUCCAUAAAAAGUGAUAAAAAGAAAGAAUCUAAAAUUGAAUUGAAAAAAUCAGUAAGUCCAAGUGCUAAAAGUUUCACUUCUGGUAAAGGUAGAGAAGAUAUUAUACAGACGAUUAUCGAUCUCGAGCCCCAAGGAAAAGACAUAAGUGACCAUGUAGAAGAAUUAACUGAAUCCAUCAAACAACUCACCAAAAAUAUCGAACAACCCAAAUCGCCUAAUUUGAACAAUAAUAUCAAUAAAAUAGCAACCAUGAGCAAAAUGUUAACCAACGAAGCUAAUGCAUUGAGAGAAUCUAUAAAAAGUUUAUCAGAUGACAUAAGUCGAACUAAAAAAGAAUUCCUAGCAGCGAAAGACGAAGAUGUAAAUUUUCCCUAUCAUCUUUUUCUAAUAGAAUUAAUAAUAAACAAAAUACACAUGAAAUGCGAAUGCUUCGAAUUUGAUUACAACAAUUUAGUUAUAACGGCUAAUUUUUUGGGAAAACAACCUAUUGUUUUAUACGAUUCGUCGUAUGGAAAAGUGGAUGAUUUCGCUCAUCUGAAUGUCGGUAAAUCGGCUUUAUUCGCAAUGACUUAUGAUAAAAUAUGCAAUAUCAAGGAGUUUAUUAUAAACUUGAAAAUAGUUAAGCAUCCGCCAUGUUCAAAUUGCGUUACCAAAGUUGGUGAAACUCGAGCUGAUUAUACGAAGGAUUUUAUUGCACUCCGAGAGGAACUGUGCAAGAAAUGGGCGAGUGAACAGCCGACUGACAAUAUAAUCUGUACGACAUCGACACCUAUGAGCAAGAAUAUAUUUUACGUUUGGUGUGGUGAAACGGAAAAGAGCGAUUCUAUAGGUGUCAUCGAGAUUUCAGCACGAAUGUCUUUCCUUGGCAAAGAGAUUACAACCGCAUUCAUAGCUUCACCCAAACAACAGGGCACAUCGGUUCUGCAGAAAGACGACAAUGGUAUGACAAUGUACUCUUGCCAUAACGUCGAGUUGGAUGGACAAGGCAAGGUACUUUUGGAUGAGGAUUCUCUCACUAGGAAGGAGAUCCCUCGCAGCGCACACACAGUGUACAGUAGAAGAGCGGAUAGUCCUGUUUCACAGUUUUCAAGCGCUUCCUCCAAACCAUCAACAAAACAUUAUUAUGGAUACAAACAUCAGACAGAAGGAAUACCGAAAUAUGACGAAAUUUUCACUAAGAUGAAUGCUAACGAAUUAAAAAUCAGAGUACCCAAAACAACGAAAGUAGAAAGAAUGGGAAAAUACGAUAAAAUACAGGAAAUAUGCUCAUGUGAAGAUACACCUUAUAACACUGGAGAACAAAUACAAUUUGACUUGCCCAGAGAUCUGUGUUAUCCAGUCAAAUCCAAUAACUAUUCUACUAAUCUAAAAUAUACUUUCGGCGGCAAAGAAAGAAGCUGUGAUGCGAGGGAUCGAAAGAUAAUAAAUGUAACUCCAUCCAAUUGCCCUGUUCCUGUCAAUAUGGAGAAAAUGGAUCAUCCGCAAAAGGAUGUCUUCAUAUUAAAAAUUGGCAAGAAACUUGAAACAAAGGACAAAAAGACAGAUCUCGAAAUAGAACUGGUGACUCCAAAAGCACCCUUUCCUGCCGAUACUAAUAACCACAUCUCUCAGCAAUGCAGUUCUAAUGAAAUAAAGAAACCUUCAGAUUCAAAUAAAAAAGAAAAGGAUAAAAAUAAGAAAAAGAAAGAUAAAUCAAAGUCUGGCAAAGCUAAAAAGAAAAAGAAAUGAUGUAACACAUAGUUCUUGUUACAGAAUAAAAAUAGUGAUUUUUUGUUUUA